GGAGAAUACAUCACCUUGUUUCCUGCACUUAGGAACAAUUCUGCAAAAUUUGUGGAAUAUGUGAGAAUGACCGUCCAAACGUUUGAUUAUGUUUUGUCAAAUAUUCGUCCGUCGCUGGUGAAAAACUCGUGUAACCUACACUCCCAACCAAUUAUGCCGGAGGAACGAUUGGUUCUCACUCUCAGAUUUUUAGCAACAGGAAGCACCUACUCUACAUUAGCAUUUUCAUUCAAGAUGGGGAUCAAGACGGUUUCUGUGGUCAUUUCUGAAACAAUGAAUGCCCUAUGGCUGACACUAACACCGCUACACAUGCCAGUUCCUUCCGUCAGUGAUUUCCUUAAAAUAUCGGAGAAUUUCCAAAAGAAAUGCAACUUUCCGCAUUGCAUUGGCGCAAUCGAUGGACGUCACGUCGCUGUAAAGAAGCCAUACAAUUCUGGAAAGCUGUAUUAUAACUUUAAGGGGUACUAUUCGAUUGUCCUGCAAGCUGUGGUCGACGCCAACUAUCGAUAUAUCUUUAUAGACGUAGGCGGCUUUGGGUCCCAGCAUGAUUCGGCCACUUUCAAAGCAUCUCAGCUUUAUAAAGCUCUAAUAAAAAAAAAUUGUGAUACCACAAUCAAGGAAAGUAGAGAAUUCAAACUUAUUGUUCAAAAUCCCGCAGUCAAAAGUCAGCAUGGCCAACCGGAUGACCUCGGCCAAUCACCUUUGACCAUCGUAACGAGAGGUCACGAUCGAUCUCGGGAUCGUUACGAUGGUCAGUACAUCAUCAGCUAGCUAUCGGUAAAGACGUCGGUCAGUCUUUCGGGAUUCCAACGGGGAAUUAUCGGCUAUAAUCUCGGACAACCAACGGGGUUGGAACCAGCAAAUAUCAAUCAAUAUAAUGCAGUCCACUACUAAAGAAUAAUUUUAACACCUCGGAGUGCACACUGUGUAUAAUUAUUUAAAAAGAAAUAAAUCGGCCUCUCAACACACCCAGUGCCAAAUUAUUCUACA